AUGCCCGUUCUAGACUGGAGGAUGAUCCUACUCGCGGUUCAUCCUAAAAAACUAUGGGAGCAGCUGGUUACUUUAGCUGACCAGUACUAUCCCAUUUUAAAAUUCUGGGAAUUUAUUCUUCCCGUAGUAUCCAUCCGUCAUCCGGAUGAUUUAGAGAUAAUAUUAAGCAGUACGAAACACAUCCAAAAGAGUUUUCUUUAUGAUAGUUUACUUCCUUGGCUCGGUACUGGUCUUCUCACUAGUGGAGGCGCCAAGUGGCAUUUACGACGGAAAAUAUUAACCCCUACAUUUCAUUUUAAUAUAUUGCAGCAGUUUGUUGAGAUUUUGAUCGAGGAAGGCGAUAGUAUGACCAAAUCUUUGAAAAAUACAGAAGGGACAGUUGUACAAGAUUUAGUAUCAUUUUUUAGUGAACAUACGCUAAAUGCAAUAUGUGGUAUGAUGCGUUCAUAAUUGUACAUUUUAACAGUAUAUGUUGUUCUUAUUGACAAAUAACAUUAGACCAAGAUCUAAUUUUUUUAUUAUAAAUAUUGAUAUCACAAUAUUAUAUCUACUG